CAGACGCCAGUGCAUCAUCUAAGCAAAAUACUAAUAAUGACAGAAAUAGGGAUCCCAGAAUGGGUUAACCAACAGCUUUUCCAUGGCUUAUUAGAACAGAACAUCAAAAACUUCAAGGCCAUCGUUAAGUUUGUCCCUGGAGCUGCGAUCAGCAAAGGCGAGAACUAUCUGACAAUCGUGCUGCGUAUACAUAUUGAGAUGCAGCUGAAAGAUGAUAGCACCAAAGAUGUCAGCUACAUACUAAAGAUACCUUUGGUGCCAAAUGGCCAGGAUCACGACUUCCAUGAUAUGUUUACUACGGAACUGGAUAUGUACGAUCGCCUGAUACCUGAACUGGAGGCUAUGUAUGCCAGGAAUACUGCAAUAUCACCGAAAUUCAAGCCGCUGCAUUUGAAGUUUCCCGAAAAUGCGGUCAAAUGUGACUACAUCCUAUUGGAAGAUCUGCGGAUGAGGGGUUACAGCAAUGUGGAUAGAACCCAGGGACUGGAACAAUUCGAAGUGGAGGCUGUGCUCAGGAAGCUGGCUCAGUGGCAUGCAGCCUCAGCAAAAAGGGUCGUUGACCUGGGAGAGUACGAAAAGGGACUCAGAGAAAGCUACUUCACAGCCGAGCACCAGAAAUUGCUGGACGAAUUCAAUAUUAACUUCUGUGUGCCUUUCUUGGAGUGCAUGCAGACAUAUAAUCUGGAUCCGGGACAAAUGGUUCUAAUAAGCGACUACACAUCACGUCUCACUGAUUUGAAUAUAGAAUUUGGCAAAAACGAUCCCCUGGAGUUGAGUGUGCUAAACCAUGGCGAUUUCUGGUGCAACAACUUCAUGUUCAAGUACAAGGAUUCAUUGUCGGAGGUGGAAGAUGUUUGCUUUGUAGAUUUUCAGCUGCCCAAAUAUGGCACACCUGCCCAGGACCUUAUGUGCCUGCUGAUGACAUCCCCCAAGUUCUCAAUCAAACUGGGGAAAUUCGACCAUUUCAUAGAGUAUUAUCACCGGCAGCUGGUCGAACACCUCGGCCUGCUCAGAUACAACCAGAACGCACCCACACUGGCUCAGCUCCAAGCCCAUCUGCACCGAUACAGUCUCUGGGCAUUUAUAUGCGCACAGCGAAUGCUGCCCAUAGUGCUGCUCCCACCGGAUCUGGACUCGAAUAUAGCGAAUGUGAUGGGCAAUUCGGAGGAAGCUACGGCGUUCAAGCGGAAGAUGUUUCUGCUCCCGGCUUACGUGGAACAGAUCAAAGUCAUACUGCCCUGGCUGAUUGAGCGGGGUUACAUAAGGUGACUGGAGGUUGCAGUGAGCCAAACAGGUUCAACCGGGCUCAACUUAUUGUAAAAAGUAUUAAAUAAUAUAAAGUUAUACCAUGCAAACAUUGCUAUAUAA